AUGAUAGAUCGUCGGGAUGACGAAUUUAUCAAGUCUGCUUCCCUGGCACUGGCACACGGUUCAUCGACAUCUCCCAAAGAUUCUGUUCCAUCCGCACCCUCCGAAGCCAACCCUUCCGACCCGUCCGGGUCGCCAACUAAACCCUCUGACAAAUCAGACUCUUCCCCACCCCCGCUUCCUGGAAACACAAGGGUCAAACCAAGUUGGCACCGCGCAAUGUUCGAAAGCAGCAGCCGUCUUGGUGCAGCCCUUGGUGCAGUUCACCGCGUCACAAUUCUCCGCAACAAAAAUAUCGGGUUAGAAGUUCAGGGAGAGUCUGAUCUGCUGAUGAGAAUGAAUUUGAAGAGAUCCAGAAAUGGGAAGGUCGUUUACCUGGAGGAGCUGUUGGCCCUCGUCAAGACGAUGUCUGACAAUAUUUUGGGGUCCGAGUCCGAUGUCAUAUUUCCCUGGUGUUUCUGGUUCGUGUCUACCAUAUGGAAGGUCUUGGAGAUGGAGACAGAGCCAGAAAUUACCAACUACUAUGAUUCUGCAGGUCAAUCCUGCGGUAAUAUCUUGGCAAGAACAUUCAGGCCUGAAGACUCUAUCUCUGCGAAGACACCUGAGACUAUCAAGCUGGAAUGGGAGCAGCUGAAGGUUGCCGUUGACGAGGACUUGACUGAGGACCAACGGGAGCUGCGUGAGCUCGAGACUGAUGCCAAACUCAAGAGUUGGACGCUGAAGAGACAGAACUUGAAGCUCAAGGCAGUGCUUGAUGCUUGA